AUGCAUCACGCUGAGGGGCACCGAAACGUCAUCAACCCUCGCCUCGCUCAUCUUUCAGCUUUCGAAACUUUGGAAUUGAUUCGAGCCUUGCAAGCUUCCCAGGAACAAGCGCGUGCUGAUUUCGAAGCUGAUGUCGAGGAUGUGAACUCAGCUCAGACCUUCAGUCACGCGGAUCGACUUCACCACAGCCCUGAAAAUGUUCAAGAGCUGAUUUAUCCCUUCGUUCAACAUUUCGAGUCUUCUUAUGUUCCUCAGUCAAGACAAUCCGAAAAAUUAAUCGCAGAUCUACUCAAUGCUCUCAAGCCGUUUUCUCAGAUCGGUGGAAGACCAAACGGUUUGACCAAGGCCGAGCGCCUUCAGAUAUGUGAUGUUGGGCCGUCGAUAGCCGUUGAAUUUUACUUGAUUGUUGAAGAAUGCGAUUUCAGAUUUUCAGAAGCAGAAGUCGAUGAAAUCCUCUCGAUUGUGCGUGCUCAUCUCUCAACCAACCGACAAGUCACAAAUGGAACUCAAGUGAACGGGGAUUCACAUCACGAACAUGGUGAUCAUAUGAUGAAUGGAUUUGACCAGGAUGAGUACAUGGAACCUAACCUCGGUGAUGUUGAUGACGAUGACGCCUUAGUUGCUGAGGCUCGCGAAGGCGGACCAGCACCAGAUCAAGAAUUAGAUGAGGUGCCGGAUUGA